AUGUAUAUUCCACAAUCCGAAAGAAGUCUGGAUCCAUAUUUCAAAAAAGUGAAAUGCGACAAAAACUGCAUUUUCAAUUUUAAAAAUCUUUCAUCUAACAAUUCGGAUUUAUUUCCGAAAUCUUGUAAAACCGUUUGUGGUGAAUUGAGAAUUUUGGAAGAUUGUGAUUUAUCGGAAAAACAAUUAUCGGAAUUAUUCAAAAAUAUGAAAAACUUAUGGGGUGGACUAAAAAUAGUUGGAACCAAUUUCACAAAUCUCAAUUUUUUGGAAAACUUGGAAACCAUUGAAUGCGAGGAAUUCCGAGAUUUUCAAUGUGAUGAAAAUACCAAAAUCCACGACUUGGGUGGCCUAAAGAACUUAAGCUCGAUUGCUUGUAUGGAGAUUAGUAUUUGGAAUAAUUCAAAAAUGAAAUUUUUGGAUUUCCCAAAACUAAAAACAAUAAAAUACCCUAAAAAUGUAUAUACCAACAAGAAUCUUAAAUUUUUUGCAUUCGACUUGGAUCCAGAAUUUUGCACGAAUUCUAAAGAAAUGGAAUUUUUUAUGAACAAUCGAAAAUUGGAAUUGGAGUUAUUUGAAGGAAAAUAUUGUCAACCGCCAGAAUUGGAUUCUGAAAUAUGUCAAAUUCCAGAAGACCAAUGUAAAACGUUUUUGGGAGAUUUAGAAAUUGGACCAGAAUUUGUGGAAUUGUCCAAAUUAAAGAAUAUUGAAGUAAUUUUGGGAAAUUUGAUAAUUAACGGAACAAAAUUGGAAAAUUUUGAAUUUUUCGAAAAUUUGAAGUUUGUGGCCAGCUUGGAUAAAUCGCAACCGCCAAUUUUAAUAGAGAACAAUUUUAAUCUCAAAGAUAUUCAAUUUCCAAAACUCGAGGUUUUUUUUGUGAAAAAGAAGAUAAAUUCAAAAAACAAAAAUGUUUUACAGAGAGUUGGCAUAAAGGAGAAAGUGAUUUUUAGCAAUAAUAGUGAAUUGAUUUCAACAAAACCGAAAUUUUGUAAUAAAUUCAAAAAAUCGUUAAAAUGGCAAUUUGAUGAAUUAUUGAUUGAUGGAAAUGAAUGCGUAACCCAGUGCAUGUUUCCAACUCAAAAUCUCACAGCUCGAAUUUUGGAUUCCAUCAAAAUUUGCCAAAUUUUAUGUGCAAAUUUGGAGAUCAAUGAAUUUUUUGAUCUACCAGAAUCCGAUCAAUUAAAUUUGGCAUUCAAACAUGUGAAGAGAAUAGUUGGAGAUGAUUCUGAAAUCAUGAUUUUUGGAAAUUCCAAAAUGAUAGAAAUCGGUUUGACAAGUCUGAAAUCGAUUUCUUGUGCUGGAUUACAAAUCUCAAAUCCAAAAAUGAAGAAAUUGAAUAUCCCAAAUCUUCAGAAUUUAACAUCUAUCAACCCAAAUUCCACAAAAUUCGAAAUUUACAUUUCUUCCGAGUCACCAGAAUUCUGCAUAACAAUUCAAGAAAUGGAAAUAUUGCUGAAAAUCGAUAAUUCUGAUAUCGACCAUAUUUUCGGAAAAUACUGCAAAACAGAAUUCACUGAUUCUCUGUGUAAAAACCCCGAAGAAGAAUGUACAGCGAUUUUCGGAGAUUUGACAAUUUCCAAAUAUUCGGAUUUGAAUCAUUUGAAAUUUUUGGAAAUUAUUUAUGGAAGUUUGAAUAUAAAAGAAACGAAUUUCAAAAAUUUGAAUUUCCUAAAAAAUCUGAAAUUUGUGGCACAAAUGGAUCGUAAGAGUUUUGUCUGGAAACCUGAAAAUCUGAAAUUUUCAGACAAACCUGCAAUUAUUAUUCAGGACAACCCAAAUCUAGUGAAUGUCACAUUUCCAAGUUUGAAAAGAAUCCGAUCUGAAACUACAGAAUCCAUGGUUUUCAAAAAGAAUAAUUCCACAAUAUCUGGAAGUUCUGAAAUUUGUUUUCAAUUGAGAAAUUCUCUGAAAUUGAGCGAAAUGGCUCCAAUUUUCGAUGAUAAUUCUUGUGAACAGCUGAAAACGAAGAGUCAAGGAGCAGGAGAAGCUAAAUACUGGAUUUUUCUAAUUAUUUCGCCUGACGACGGAAUUGUAGGAAUACUCUGA